AGAAAUAAGAAAACAAUUAAACGCUAUAAUAUCAGCAAAGGAAGAUGCCAAGAGGAUUGGUGUUGAGACUAAAAGUACAGAAGCCACCUUUACCACUGAAACUUUACACAUAAGGGAUAAACAUCCGAAGAAACCUACCUGUGACACAAGAAUUAAACAUAGAAUUAUAAAAAUGAGAGAAAAACCAAAUAAAUAUAGACAAAAUACAUCAACCUUUUCAAACACGUUCACGUCUAAGAAGAGAACGUAUGAAGCCAAUAGUACAUCGAAUAAUGCGCAAGCAUUCGGAAAACGAAGUAAAAUUGAAUGUAUGUUUUGUCAAGGAGAUCAUUACAAUGACGCUUGCACGAAAUUUAAGACCUUAGCCGAGAGGAAAAGGAAAUUACUUAACCGUUGCUACAUCUGUUUGAAAAUCGGUCAUAGACAAACUAUCUGUAAAACGACACACAUCUGCCGUCAUUGUGGUGCAAAGAAUAAACAUAACAGAGCUUUGUGCCCUAUGAAACUGUCACAAAUAACAAAGGCCACGUCUACCAAAACCUUUCACAUAGAUGGAGAUGGAUCAACCGUUCUUCAAACAGCUGUUGUAAACGUCAUAGGUCAUGAAGGUUUAAUAAAAAGAUGUAGGGUGUUGCUAGACACAGGAUCUCAGAGAAGUUACAUCACACGGACGGAAGCCAAAGAAUUAAACUUGAACGUCAUAGAAAAUAACCACUUAUUUGUCUUUACAUUCGGAUCCUGGAAACCACGAGAAGUGGAUAGUCCUCUUGUCAAACUUACCAUACAAACCCUAAAUGAUAAGCUAAAAACAGUAUUUGCAAACGUUGUACCUUCUAUCACUCAAGGUAUUCAUUAUCCAAGACGAGAAUUAACGAAGUGGAUUAACAGCUCAGAAUAUGUGUUAGCCGACGAUGGCUCACUCUCUGAUAGAAUUGAUAUUCUUAUUGGCAAUGAUUACUACCUCAGCUUUAUGUCAACCGGGAAGGUACAAAUCCAAGAAAAUCUAUACCUCGUAGAAUCUGAAUUAGGAUGGAUCCUCUCUGGAAAACCAGACAGCUCCCAUAAUAAAAAUGAUGAUCUCUCCGUUCUCACCUAUUCUCAAGCAUCGUGGGAAAAUAAACUUAAUGAGCCUGAUCCACCCUUAGAUACAGGAAAUGUCAGAUCCUUGUGGGAAUUAGAGUCAAUCGGUAUUACAGAUUCUCCGAAGGUCAACCGGGAUGAGGAAGCAAUCAAACACUUCAAUGAGAAUACGAUAUUUAAGAAUAACAGAUACUUUGUCAGCUGGCCUUGGAAUGAAUAUCCCCCGGAUCUACAGUCUAACAUAGGACUUGCACAUGGCCGACUCGUUAGUCUACUCAAACGAAUAGAUACAGAGACCUUGCGUAUCUACGAUCAGACCUUGCGAGAACAGUUUGAAACUGGCAUCAUAGAAAUUGCGGUAGACAAAGGGAAUACUGACCAUCCGAUACAUUACCUUAGUCAUCAUGGAGUGUCGGCGCCGGGGAAAAAGCUUAGAAUUGUGUACGAUGCAUCAGCAAAGACAAAGGACAGCAAAAGCCUUAACGAAUGUAUGUACUGCGGCCCGAUGAUGUUAGAAGAUCUAACUGGUUUGCUGAUAAAGUUCAGAUGUCACAAAAUUGGAAUAACUGCUGAUGUAGAAAAGGCUUUCCUACAGAUAGGCUUACACGACAAAGACAGAGACGUCACAAGAUUCCUGUGGCUAAAGGAUGUGUCUAAACCAGCUGUAGAAGAGAAUCUUAUACACUACAGAUUUACACGCGUUCCCUUCGGAAUUAUAUCCAGUCCAUUUUUGCUGAACGCUACCAUCAAAUACCAUUUAUCUAAAACCAAUGAUGAACGUUUAAAGAGUCUAGCUAACGACAUAUAUGUGGAUAAUGUCUUGACAGGAUCGAACAGCGUCAAAGAAGCAAUGAGUCUGUAUAAAGACAGUAAAACGGUAUUCCAACAAAUAUCUAUGAACCUAAGAGAAUGGAGUUCCAACUCUAAAGAGCUCAUGCAGAACAUAACAGAUGCUAGUACAGAUAAAACUGUAAAAACUCUUGGUUUAAAUUGGGACCUAGAAAAUGACACGAUUUGCUUAAGGAUAAAGAACACCACGAAUGCUUAUACGAAGAGAGGUAUUCUGAAGACCAUCGCUGCCAUAUACGACCCAUGUGGUUUUGCUGCACCAAUAAUACUACCAGCUAAAUUAUUACUUCAAAAAUUAUGGAAGACAAAAUCGCAUUGGGACGCUCCAUUAUCUGAAGAAAUGGCAGCCGAAUGGAAAACUAUCUUAGAAGAUCUUAAGCAAACUCACAACAUAUGCCUGCCUAGGAACAUAACGAAUAACCAAGAAGGCCAACUUCACUGUUUCACAGAUUCGUCGAUGUCAGCGUAUGCAGCCGUAGUUUAUCUACUGCAAGGAGACAAAGUGAAUUUCAUUAUUGGCAAAUCAAGAUUAAUACCCUUGAAAGAUCAAGACAAUUUAAAGAUUCCUAAAUUGGAGCUAUUAGGAGCUCUAAUAGGCAGCAGACUAAUCCAAUAUGUCAUGAAACAUCUCCAGGUGAACAUAUCACAACAAGUACUAUGGACAGAUAGUCAAAUAGUAAUAGAUUGGUAUCAAUCUAAAAAGCUGCUGCCACCAUUCAUCUCAAGAAGGAUAGAGGAAAUCAAGAAAAACAAGAACUUGGCUGUAAGAUAUGUCCCGUCUGAACAUAACCCAGCCGAUGUAGCAACUAGACCAACUAAUUCGACAGAAGAUUUUCAACGAUGGCUCAGUGGCCCGAAAUUUCUAAAGGAAGAUUCUCAUAACUGGCCAUACCGACCCGCAAGAGACGUUACUCUUCUGGCGGGGGAGGGUCUGUCGAAUAACAUCACACAGAAAGCUGAAUUGAACUCAGACACGAAAAAUCAACUUAAAAGGAAUAUUGACUUGAGCAAGGCACAGAAGCAUCAGACAGAAACCAGACAAAUCUUUUCAGAAACACGGGAAAAUGUGAAUAACAGAAUAAGUUCAGAAGUACAAGAAAUACGAAGUAUACAGAGACAGUUUUAUCCGGAUGAAGUCAACGAUAAGAUGACACAUCUUACCCGCAAUCUAAGAUUAUUCAAGGAUGUCGACAGAAUCCUUAGAUGUGGCGGUCGUUUGACGCACUCAGAUUUAUCAUAUGACGCGAAAUAUCCAAUUCUUUUGCCGAAGGAUUGUGAAUUUACCACAAAAACCAUAAAGAAGGCGCAUGAAAACAACUACCAUGUUGGAGUACCCCACACCCUGGACAUAGUCAGACAACGUUUUUGGAUUCCACAAGGAAGAGCUCAGGUACAAAAGUUUAUUAACAAGUGUCCGCAAUGCGUGAAACAUGGCGGAGGACCUUACACAUUACCAGAAACUCCAGCAUUACCACCUGAAAGAGUUAAGUAUGAAACAGCAUAUACUUACGUAGGAGUGGACUACUUCGGACCGAUGUAUGUUAAAGCAGAAGGUAAACAAAAACGUUGGAUUUGCUUGUUUACCUGCCUUGUAAUUCGCGCUAUACAUUUAGAAAUAGUAAAGGAUAUGUCUGCGGAAGAAUGUUUACUGGCGUUCAGAAGAUUUAUGGCCACCAGAGGUGUUCCUACUUUGAUUGUUUAUGAAUCAGUACUUGUUGAGCUUAAGGGAACAUUACAAACAUUCAACUAAACAACCCAGAGUCAGAUCUCAUGAUGUACCAUGCGUUGGUGAUAUUGUACAAUUAAAAGGUGAUACAAAGAACAGAGAAAACUGGAAGGUAGGAAGGAUCUCCGAAUUAAUUAAAGGUACUGAUGGAUUAUACAGAGUCGCUAAAGUAAAGGUUGAUAACAAUAUAUUUACAAGGUCUAUAUCACACUUGUACCCUUUAGAAAUUGAAGACAUCCCAUCGCAAACCGAUUUAUCUGGUCAUCAAGCGGAAGUCGAAUCUGCACCAAAGGCAAUGAGAAUGGAAGUUGAGGAAGAUUCGGACUUACCAAUGACACAAAGGGAAGAUUACCCCAACAUGCAACCAGAUGGAAGCACGGAUGGGACUGAUAGCAUGGACACGGACACGACACAUAGCAUAGAUAGGAUAAAUGAGAACACUGACGUUACUAAUGAGAACGUAGAUACAGCAGAAGAAGAAGACAUAGAUUUGAGACAUGGCAAUGUAGAAACAACAAAUGAUCUUGUUGACAAGAAUAAUGAAUCAGCUUCGAAUCAAUCUGACAAUGAAAGGCAAAGAAGGAAUGCGGCAGUCCAAGCUAUGGAGAGAAUCCGAGAAUGGACUCGCCAUUUAAUGACUACUCUAACUACUUCGCAAUAGCUCGCCUCGGCGGGUGUGUCGCGGACUUCCGCGAUGUACGCAUUGUUGCACAUGGCAACACAUGUAACAUCUUGUAUAUUGUCUAUGGUGGUGGUAUAAGAUCAAGUUAGAGCUGGCCUCUGCGCUUGGAGCUCAUGAACCAGGGAGACAUACUCCAAUUACAUCAUUUGAAUAAGGUAUGAACCGCACUGUCCAUAGAAUAACCGACCUCUCUUUCCUAAUAAUAUAAGCGAAGCAGAUCUAAGUUCAUUAAGAUAAUAAACAAGUAUACAUGACAAGUUGAUAGUAAACUUAUAUUUCAUUUAAUAAGGUCUUAGAAUCAUUAGGUAACUCGAACUCAGGCAAUCAGUCUAUUUAUCUUAGUAUUUUGUAUCAACGUCGAUACAAUC